GAAAGCACUACCCUAUCGUGAACUGUAAAACCCUCGCCUUUUUAUUUUUUUAUUUUUUUUACAAAUAAAACUGAGCAAUUUGGCAAUCUCUUAUUUCCUGCUUUCACUGUUCCGGACGAGAGGAGAGGAGCGUUUCAAUCCCAAAAAAACACAUUGGCUUUAAUGGCGGAUCGCAGGUCAGCAUUUCUCCAAGUCUAUUACAAGCUCAAAUCGGAGCUCCUUGAGGAUCCUUCGUUCGAAUUUACUGAUGUUUCUCGUCAAUGGGUUGACCGGAUGCUCGACUACAACGUGCCUGGAGGGAAGCUGAAUCGGGGACUCUCUGUGAUUGAUAGCUACCGCCUAUUGAAAGAAGGAAAAGAAUUGACUGAAAAUGAGAUUUUUCUUGCAAGUGCUCUCGGUUGGUGUAUUGAAUGGCUUCAGGCAUAUUUUCUUGUCCUUGAUGACAUAAUGGAUAACUCUCACACACGGCGUGGGCAUCCUUGUUGGUUUAGAGUGCCCCAGGUUGGUCUGAUUGCUGUAAAUGAUGGUAUUCUACUUCGCAAUCACAUCUGCAGGAUUCUCAAAAAUCACUUUCGUGAGAAACCUUACUAUGUAGAUCUCCUAGAUUUAUUUAACGAGGUGGAGUUUCAAACAGCUUCAGGACAGAUGAUAGAUCUGAUUACAACACUUGAAGGAGAAAAAGAUCUAUCCAAAUACUCAUUGUCACAGCACCGACGCAUUGUUCAGUACAAGACUGCCUAUUAUUCAUUUUAUCUUCCUGUUGCAUGUGCACUGGUUAUGUCGGGCGAGAAUCUUGACAACCACAUUGAUGUAAAGAACAUUCUCGUUGAUAUGGGAAUCUACUUUCAAGUACAGGAUGAUUAUUUGGAUUGCUUCGGUGAUCCUGAGACAAUUGGUAAGAUUGGAACUGAUAUUGAAGAUUUUAAGUGCUCUUGGUUGGUGGUCAAAGCAUUAGAAAUCUGCAAUGAAGAGCAGAAGAAAGUGUUGCAUGAGAACUAUGGGAAACUAGAUCCUGUUAAUGUUGCUAACGUAAAAGCUCUAUACAAUGAGCUUAACCUCAAGGGUGUAUUUGAGGAGUAUGAAAGCAAGAGCUAUGAGAAGCUGAUAACCGCAAUCGAUGUUCAUCCUAGCAAAGCAGUGCAAUCAGUGUUGAAGUCCUUCUUGGCGAAGAUUUACAAGAGGGAAAAAUAGUGUCAAAGACGCAGACAAAGAUGAGGUUGGGAUGAUGUCAAACAUUCCCACUCUUCUAUGCUCAUUUGUAUUCAAGUUUUAUAUUUGGCAGAUAUAUCAAUCUUCUUCUUGUACUCUAUUCUGACAAGCAUAUGGUGCUUGAGGAUUUUGGUUAUUUGGAUUUAAUAAAUGGAGUUCAUUCUUAGCCUAAUUAAAAAA